AAUGAAUUCUGUUAUACGUUGUUGUAAUUAAUGUACAAUCAAUUACUGUCUGUCAAUUACUACUGAUACGAUAGUUUUGGAAAAAAUGUACUUGUGUGUGAAACGAAGGCCGGUCAACGGUAUAUUUCUUUUCCUGUCACGAUUCCUUGCCACGUUGGUACUCAUCAAAGGUACUACAUUACCUUCAAAUAUGUUACUGGAUCUGGGUAGGCGUACAAAUAUUUCGAUGGAGAAAUACGAUCAGGCGGAGCGAGCAAUCCUGAACUCGCGGACACAUUUGAAUCACGGUUCUCCUUCAUGGUACCUCGGUGUGUCACAUGAAAUGACCGAACACGCUCAGAAUCUCUCAAGGAAAGCUCUACGGAUAGAAACGAUGGCCGUAAUGCUGGUAGAAGCUUUGAACAUGUCAUCAAAAGAAGCAUCUUCCGUAUUACCAUCGGUAACUGCAAUCAGUUGUCCUGACUCGCCUACAUAUUUGCAAGUGAUGGCCAGCUGCAAGAAGAUCGAUCCUCGCUACAGAACGCACAGCGGGAAAUGCAAUAACGGUUUGCAUCCGACUUGGGGCGCAGCUCUAGAAGCUUAUAUACGGUUCUUGCCAACUGAAUACGUCGAUGGUGUUUCUCUACCGCGUAUAGAUUUACCUAGCGCCAGGGACGUCUCUUUGAGAGUUCAUUCCGGAGGAUCCGAUCUUAAACAUCCGUAUCUAAUGGCGCUCACCGCGCUCUUUGGUCAAUUCCUCAUUCACGAUCUCGCGCACACGCCAAAGAUGGAACUACCCGAUGGGGCGAGACUAAAAUGUUGCGACGUGGAUUACGAACACUUUCAUCCAGAAUGUUUUCCAAUCCGAGCCAAUAAUGUUGUCGGCUGCAUGGAAUAUUCUAGAUCGGCGCCGCACCCAGGAAAUUCGCUACAGGGAUGCAAAUUGGGUCCUCGGCAGCAAAUCAACCAAGCGUCAUCGUACUUAGACCUUUCCCCUGUUUAUGGGAGUUCCGAAGAUGUAGCGCAAGCUCUGCGAUCCGGUAAGGGUGGUUUGCUUAAUACACAGAGGAAGAACUUGCCCAUGCCUUCGCCUAAGUAUGAAAGUUGCAGAAGCGCGAACAAAGCUUUCCCAUGUUUUCUUAGCGGGGAUUCACGGGUAAACGAGAACCCCGGUCUCACUCUAAUGCAUGUACUUUUUCUACGUGAACAUAACCGAGUCGCUACAGAGCUAGGACGACUGAAUCCUCACUGGGAUGACGAGAGACUCUAUCAGGAAGCAAGAAGGAUCGUUAUCGCAGAAAUGGAGCAUAUAACUUACAACGAGUUUCUACCCGUUGUUCUCGGAGAAACAACUCUCGACAAAUAUCAGUUACGCUUAACGCAUCGAGGAUACUUUCGAGGCUACGAUACUCGAACGGAUGCGACACUUUCAAACGCUGCCGCCUCUGCUGGACUCUUCUUCAUUGCCACGCUGACCCCAAAAACCCUCGACCUAGUUGACUCGCGAUCGGCGUUAAAGUCUGGAGAAAGGUCCUUACUAUCGGCCUUCUACGCUCCGCAAGAGUUCUAUGAAGCUGGUGCUAUUGAUCGCCUGAUUGCUGGCGCUACAGCGGGACAUUCUAGGAAGCCAUUGCCACCAGGACUGAAUGAAAUACUUUUGGAACGAUAUUUCCAUGAUGGAAAAAGCAACGACAUUCCCGUGGAUUACGCUGCGCAGAUCAUACAACAGGGAAGGGAUCAUGGUUUGCCAUCUUAUGUCAGAUGGCGAUCAUUUUGUAAUUUAGCACAUGUCAGUAGUUUUGAACAUCUUAGAGGAGCAAUGUCCAAAGAUACUAUAGAAAGACUUCGAAAUGUUUAUAAAAAUGUAGAGGAUAUAGAUUUAGUAACAGGAUUGCUUUCGGAAGCACCAUUACCUGACUCAGUCUUAGGACCAACGUUUCUUUGUUUAUUGGGCCGCACUUUUCGGAAUAUUCGUUUUGGUGACAGAUAUUGGUAUGAGAAUGGAAAUACCCCAGGAUCGUUUACCUUAUAUCAAUUAGAAGAGAUCCGAAAAAUCACAAUGACGCAAAUAUUAUGUUACAAUGGUGAAAGAUUGAAUUGGGUGCAACCUAGAGCGUUUCUUCUAAGAGAUCGUUUUUUAAACGAAGUGAUAAACUGUACGAUACACAAAAGCGGAUCGCCGAAUCUUUCAUUUUGGGAAGAAAGGAAUAAUUCAUAACUUUUUAGCUACUUGUAAUUGUACAUAGCAAAUAUUACAUAGCUAUUAUUAACAGAAAACGCUAGAACUUAUGUUAAUCAACAUUGUUCCUUAUCAUAGAAGCUAUAAAUCCGUAUAUUUCAUUUUCUUUUCCAAGACGAUAAAUUAAAAAAAAAAAUUAUUAAAUCAAAAAUGAAUAAAAGUAAUUAUAAAUGAAACACACACUUGCUACUUACUACUUAAAAAUUAUGUAUCUGAUGCACAUACUAAUGUGUAUCUCUUUCACUAUGUCGUAUUUAAUAUUUUUUAUACAUUUUGUAAUAACUACAACUAUAAUUACAUUAAUAAUGAUUGUACUUAAAAAAUACAUACAAUACAUACAAUAUAUACAAUACAAAAAUUUUAAAAAUAUAUCAUUGAAAUAUAAACACUCCCAUAUUUUCUGUACAUAAAAUAACAUCAAAUAUCUUUCAGAACUGACAGAUUAGAGAAAAUAAUAAAUAGUUAAAGAACAAUAAAAAAUAUCAAAAUACAGAGAU